GCACUGCAGGGGAAGUUGUCAUCGGAGCUGACACUGACUAGGCCUACUUCGGAAUGGCAAAUUUGAUGUAUUUCAUCGUAUUUUUUGCGACAACACUUCUUGAUCAAACACUAGGAUUUAGUGUUGCUCUGAACAAGAAUUUUGCGGUAUGGGGUGAAUCUUUAGAUAUAAUACUGAACAUUGGAACAAUCAAUACAGUAGUGACUUUGUAUAGACCCGAUGGAACAACAGCUGGAACCUGUUUAGCACCAUCAAGUGGAGUAAGUGGAGGAUGCAGUCCAGGCUUAACACAGGAUAUAGCAGGUGGAACAACGACAUACAGUAUAGCAUCUGUAUCUCGAGCCACCGACCAAGGUGAAUGGGCAAGUUCCCAUGGCAGUGAUACUGGGAGCAAAAACAUAACAGUUCAUACCAUUCCUACGGUAACAGAAAGUAAUUCAUUAUCUUCUUUGACCUUGUCAUCUGAUAGCAGUACUAGUAACACACAAAGUUUGACCAUCACAGUGACGUGUGCAUAUCCAGCAGUUUCACUCAACUUGUUCUAUGUGGUAAGUGUUGUAUAUAUGGAGGAUAUUUGCUCCCCAGGGUUCAUUAGGGAUAGAUUCUUUAAAUUGCUACAGCCGACUGGAGGGGGUAAUGAGGUGAAUGCCCCAUCGUCAACAUCAACAUGUACCUCUACUGGUAACACAGGAUGUUCUGACACAAAUGCCACCAGUUACACCUGUGACAUUACACCACAAUAUGAGGCAACUCUAUCAGCUGGUACAACAUACUAUAUCAAGGCAGCAGUUAAGCUAGACGGGCUGUCUAUUGGAGUAGACAUCACCAUCAAUGGGACAGAUAUAACAGUGCAAGAAUCAUCCACAGUCAAUCCAAACACCAAGACGAACUCCAACAAUUCUGGCGAUAACAAAACAAAAAUAGCCAUUGGCGUUACUGGAGGCUGUGUGGGUGGAAUCGCCCUGAUAGGAGGUGGGGUUUUUUUCAUGAAAAAUCGGAAAAAGAAAAAGGCUGGUCAGGAAAGUUCAGCAGCUGGAAGGGAGUGA